UGCUCGUGUGUCUGUGAAGUCAGGACUUCAUGCCACAGAAAAACAGAGCAGCAAAUCUGCAGCAUGUAGUGUUCUCGGAGCAAGGAAGCUGUCGAUUCAUUUGCAAGACUCCCGGACAAUCCUGGAGGGCUGGCAACUCUGAUCUGCCAACUGGGGAAAGCACUUAUCAAGCUGCAGUGGGCUGGAACAUACCUGUAGAGCUGUAGUUUCUCCUCUUCCAUGCUUUGCUCAAGGCGACCGCCUAGUUCGUCUAUAUGGACGGGCCACCCCUGGGGACCGUGCCAAUGACAGCCUGCCAGCUGCUCCGAUCACAACAAACCCAGUGCUGUUGGAUCGCAGACCACUUGACCAAAGAACAUUUUCUCAGUGCGUAUCUGGAGCAGUUGGUAUGCAUUAUUAUGUAAUAGUUACAUGUGAAAAGAAACCGGAAUCGCUGGCGGAGAAUCCUGACUAUUUCCACUGGGCCUGAAUAGUUCAGCCAGUUGAUUAAAAGAAAACCAGAACCUGGAAGUGCAGAAGACAAAUUCCUCUGGCACAAUGAGCUCUGCCAUUCCCGUGCGGGAUUCCACUGUCGAGAGGGCCACAAGAAGUUUUCAUAAUGAAAAACAAACCCUGGUUUCAGAACAAGAAGUUGAUGGUGUGAAAACCGUGGUCAAUGGGCUGAUAUCAAGCAGCAAUGGACAAGAGCAAGCCAUUGACGUCCCUUUAUGUGCACGCUCUAUUUCUGCUGUUAAAAUAAUCCCCGUGAAGAAAGUGAAAAGUUCUCCUGACCUAAUGCUACCUACAGACAAGGAUCCCACUAAAGUCUGUACUGGAAAAGGAACCGUGACCCUACGGGCAUCUCUAGCCUCUGAGGAAAGGCCAAGUAUCAGUCCCCCAUGUUCUCAGGAUGUCCAGCAGUCAGAAACACACAUAUCUCUGGAUACAGGAAAACCAGAAACAGAUGAUUGGAGGUUAUCCUCUAAUGGAGAUAUCCAGCCAUCUUCUCUGGCUGCCAAGGGCUAUAGAAGUGUGCGUCCCAACCUCUCCUCAGAGGGCAAACCACAGGCCCUUUCCCCUCCCCGUCCUCCUCUUCCAAAAGAGGAGAGCUUUGCAUGGCACCCUCGCACUGACAUGAAAGUAACCAACCUGCUGCCAGUGCCCAUAAUGGACUGUGUGUACCUGAAUGCACCCAAACCUUAUACACAGCGUGUGUCACUGAGCUGCAGCAGUCAGUGUUACUCCUCAUCACCUGCACCCUUUGUGACAGUACCCAGUGGGAAGCCAUGCUUUUCUGCAGGGCAUCCCCAAUCAGCCAACUUGAUUCCCAAGGACGUGGUGCAUGCUGGGCAAUCACUUUCGGGAAGUAGCUCCUUGUUAUCAGAUACUUCAUCCAAACAUCAAAACCCUGCCAGGGCAGAUCCUAGUAGUGAAGCUGGAAUGAAUUCCACGUAUGGGACUAAAGCGGAUAAAAAGGUCAGCAGUCUAUAUGUGGCUUGUUUAUCUAACAGCACUUGCUCAGCUGCAUCUGAAAAUUCCACCAGCAUUGCACAUGACCAAAUAGAGAGCCCCCGUUUGGGAACUGAGGUCACUCAAGCACCAGCCACCAACAUUGUUUCCUCUGUAACAGAUACUGGAAAAUCUCUUCCUCCCCAUCCUCCUGUCCCUCCCAGGCCAUACUUUAAUAUUGUCCUCAGUAAAGACGCAGUUAGCUAUGGUACAAGCCAUUCCUCCAGGACUCAGUCUCCACCUCCUCAGGCUGUGAGGGACAAAGUGCUAGAGCCCCAGAGUACGGCUGGCAGUGGGGACAGGAUGAGAAAGGAACCUUACCUUACUCAGCAGCAGCAGCAGCAGCAGCAGCAUCCGUACAAGGUGAAGGGACGCAGCAUGGAUGCCAUUUCUACCACCACAGCUCAGCCUGAGAUUAUAGUAGUCCCACUCCUCCAGGUUAACACAGACAGAGAGCAAGAAGGCAGCUCCAGCACUCCGCCACCGCCUUUGGUACCUUUGGGGCAAGGUGCCACGUUCCCUGAGACUGUUCCUACUGGCUCACCUCUGACUUUUCCGACACUAGACGAUUUCAUUCCCCCUCACCUCCAGAGGGGUCCCCACCAUCACCAUCUGCCCUCCUCACCUGGCAUCUUGCCCCCAGUUUGCCCGAAACUGCCAUCAUUCUCACCGCCACCUCCACUGGUGCCUCCUGUCCCGGAGGCUUUGCACAGAGUCUUGGAGCCUGAAAUCACUGGAGUCCUCUCACGUACAGAACCAUGUCCUGUGUUAAAUGAAGUCUCCCCGCCUCGCAUUGGCACUGAAUACCAAUCCUCCUUAACGUCGAUCAGCAAGCCUUCCUCCACCUAUCCCUCAACCACAAUUGUCAACCCUACCAUUGUCCUCUUGCAGCACAACAGAGAACAGCAAAAGCGGCUUAGUAGCCUGGCAGAUUCCCUGCCAGACAGACCAGUUGCUGAUAAAGUAGGUGCUGUGUCUGCACAGGAAAAGCCAGCUCAGGAUAGUGCUCAAAGAGAGAAGCCAGCAGUGGAUGAGAAGAGAAGAGCUGUCAGGAGUCCCCAGUAUGUGGCUGAUGUCUCCGUGGAUGAUGUAGGCAUUCCACUGAGGAACACGGACAGAUCAAAGGACUGGUACAAGACAAUGUUCAAACAGAUCCACAGGUUAACUAAAGAAACUCCUGAAGAAAACCCUUAUUGCCCUACCUACAAAUUCCCUGAACUUCCUGAAAUCCAGCAAACACCUGAAGAAGACAAUCCUUACUGUCCUACAUACCAGUUUCCUGCGUCUACUCCUAGUCCUAAAUCUGAAGAUGAAGAUUCUGAUUCUUACUCUCCUCAUUAUUCCUAUUCUGAAGAUACAAGAACCCAGCCCUCAGUGCCCCGGUCCAAGAGUGAGAUGGACAACAUUGACCCUGACAAGGUUGUUAAGAGAUCUGCUACUCUGCCACUUCCAACUCGUACUUCAUCACUGAAAUCCAGCCCAGAAAGAAAUGAUUGGGAACCCCCAGACAAGAAGGUGGAUACCAGAAAAUAUCGGGCAGAGCCAAAGAGCAUUUACGACUACCAGCCAGGAAAGUCCUCUGUUUUGGACAAUGAAAAGAUGACUCGGGAUAUAAGCCCAGAAGAGAUAGAUUUAAAGAAUGAACCUUGGUAUAAAUUCUUUUCGGAAUUGGAGUUUGGGAAACCGCCUCCAAAAAAGAUAUGGGAUUAUACUCCUGGAGAUUGCUCUAUACUUACUAGGGAGGAUAGAAAGACUGAUCUAGAAAAAGACAUUUACCUCUACCAGACUGAGUUAGAGGCAGAUUUAGAACAAAUGGAGAAGCUUUAUAAAGCGCCAGAUAAAAAGCCAUCGAAGAGUACAGCAAGCAGCACUCCUCUGGAAACGUCUUCAGACCAUUCAUCCUACUCAGCCUAUUUACCCAGCUACCAGACAGCAAGGAGAGAACUGGAACCAGCACCAGCGGACCCUGCUGGCUUGGAGAAUGAAAGGCAGAUUUACAAAAGUGUGCUGGAAGGUGGCGAUAUCCCGCUGCAGGGACUAAGCGGUCUCAAACGUCCUUCUAGCUCUGCUUCCACUAAAGUGGAUCGUAAAGGUGGGAAUGCUCAUAUGAUUGCACCCUCUUCAGUUAAUAGCCGAACCUUUAACGCUAGUCAUACCAGUAUGUUAGGUCAUGCAUGUAAACAUAAGAAGCCCUUAUCAGCUGCAAAAGCCUGCAUUACUGAAAUCCUCCCUUCCAAAUUCAAACCCAGACUAGCAGCUCCUGCUGCUCUUGUGCAGGACACAAAGGGUAUCCUGCUGCCUCAUGAGAAAGCGCAAAGCUGUGAGAACCUUCGUAGCUCCAGUGCCUUGUUUGAUAACAAAAAAGCUUUCCUGGUCAAUGGGGAAAGUGUAGAAAACCUUCUAAUGCAAUCGAAGCAGGAAUAUGUCACCAAAUCCAGCAGCACUAUGAGCCUACAGGAGUACAGCACCAGUUCUAGGAAGGGCUACCUUCCCAGGAAGAGUGGGAUGGAGUUUACAAUGCUGUAUAAAAAUAUGCAUCAGAUCAACAGGUCCAGGAUCCAUCUGGGCACCAUCUCAUCCUGCAGCGUGAGGGAUAUUGCAUCCCAGUUUGAGAACGAGCUGAGGGACAGAAGUGAGCAGAGCCCCGGUCGGGAGAAAUCAGAGCAAAUCCCCAAAGACACUGUCUCAUCCCGCAUCACUGCCUUCGAGCAGCUGAUCCAGAGAUCCCGGUCCAUGCCCGCUCUCGACUUCUCCAGUGGACAAAGCAAAUCGCCCACCUCUCCCCAGUCUAAGAGCUGCCUGAGCUCGGCCUAUUCAGCAGAAUCCCUGCUGGAGUCACCAAAGCCAAACCAAGAAGAAAAGGAUGCUGCCAGCAUGGCCGACAACUCCUCUCACUCCUGCAGCAACGUGGAGGACUUGGCGUCAGAUCUCAGUGACAUUGUCCCCAUGGACACACUCUCGGCUUGUACGGACGAGACUGAUCUCCAGUCCAACGCAUCCAACGACAGCGGCGGCAGCCUCAGCCAUGCCAACGGGCCCCGGAAAUAUAAAUUAAACAAAUGCAAAGGAGCUUGCCCGGCUUCCUACACCAGGUUCACCACCAUUCGUAGGCACGAGCAACAGCAGGCCUCCAAGAACCCCAGUUUCAAAGGGGACACCCAGGGGGACAGGCACGCACUCCCCAGAAAUGUCUAUUUGAUGAGCCCACUUCCCUUCAGAUUGAAAAAGCCCUUCCAGCACAGCCCAAGAAAGACUCCGCCCCCGGAUUGCCUGGGAGUCUCGCUGGUAUAUAGCACUGAGAACCAGAACAACAUAGCUCAGCCACGAGGGUGCCAGGCGGAAAAGAGUCACCACUCCCUGCACAAACGGUGUUGUGAAGACAGACCUCUGGCCCCCAGGCGCCUGUCUUCCUUUGACAUUGUGGAAAGGCUUAGCCAUUUCCCCAGUAUGGAAUCCAGUCCAGAAAGCUCCGUUCUCCGAGCUGAUAUGCCAGACUCCUUUAAUAAUGGGAAUAUUGUUCCAUACACUUUCUAUCACAGCUUGGAUAGAAACAACAACCCACAAAGCGAACUCAGGACAUACCCUGGAGAUUCAGAAUCACCAAGGCAUUUUGCACCAGUCGAUUACAUGGAAACUCCAGAAGAAAUUACUCGUAGACGUCAUGAUGAUAAAGAGAAACUUUUAGAGGACCAGAGACGACUUAAACGUGAGCAAGAAGAAGCUGAUAUUGCAGCUAGAAGGCACACAGGGGUUAUUCCAACCCACCAUCAGUUUAUCACUAAUGAGCGGUUUGGGGACCUCCUAAAUGUAGACGAUACAGCAAAGAGGAAAUCUGGGUCAGAGAUGAGACUUGCUAGAGCCAAGUUUGACUUCAAAGCACAGACAUUAAAGGAGCUUCCUCUGCAAAAAGGAGACAUCGUUUACAUUUACAAGCAGAUUGACCAGAACUGGUAUGAAGGAGAACACCAUGGCAGAGUUGGCAUCUUCCCACGCUCCUACAUAGAGCUACUUCCGCCUGCUGAAAAAGCCCAGCCCCAAAAGCUGGCCCCGAUGCAGGUUUUAGAGUAUGGAGAUGCUGUGGCUAAAUUUAACUUUAACGGGGAUACUCGAGUGGAAAUGUCAUUCAGAAAGGGCGAAAGGAUCACGGUGAUCCGGCGAGUUGAUGAGAACUGGUACGAAGGGAAAAUCUCUGGUACCAACCGCCAAGGCAUCUUCCCUGUCACUUACGUGGACGUGCUCAAGCGGCCACUAGUGAAGAAUGCUGUUGAUUACCCUGAGCUGCUGAUGUCUCAAUCCCCUAAUCGCAGUACAACGGCUUCCCCGCAGUCUCCUGGCUCUGAGCUGCUCCAUACAUCAACUCCUCCACCUUUCCCUUUCCCACGCCAUGCUCUGUCUCCAGAGGUGCAGGCGAUCACGGCCGAGUGGAUUUCCCUGACUGUGGGAAUGUCUCCUAGCAGUACUCCUGUCAUAACCCCUCCAUUGCCUCCUCUCCCCGAAGGCUGUCUCUGUCCCAUCGACUAUCUCACACCCUCAGCUGCAGCCAGCCCCUCCCCCUCUGUUAGCCUUCACCAUUCUAACCUUUCGGGCUCCUCCACGCCACGGUCCAUUAUAUCGCCACUGCCAUCUUUCUCCUCCAGGACACUGUCCUCUGCUCACACUUUCAGUCACACCACUCCGCAAAGCGAAGAAAAGUUUGUUGGCUGCCCUUCCCCCAACCUGAGCAGCUGUCAGACCCCUCACUCGGUUGUUGGGAGACCCGAGAGCUUCCUCUCCGAGCUCAGUGAUGUCAUUGGCAACCAAACCAAGGUCCAAAAUAAUAGAGAAGGCAGCAGAAACAGUGAGAGAGAGGGUUGGAAGGAGACAGACAAAGGCUUUAAUCCCAUGCCCGAGAUCUCUGUGGAGGGUUGCUUGAAAACAUCAAAUCUAGACAAGAAUAUGAGCCCAGAAAAGAAACCCUUUGCUUCCUUUGGGGAAAGCCAAUUAUGUCAGGAGCUAAUCACUACUGGGGAGGGAAAUAAUGCUGAGAAAAGAGGCACAAGGAAAGGUGAACCGAGAGAGAUUCGAAGCGGAGCAAACAAGACUGCAGACACUUCAUUCUCUUCAUCUGCUCUUCUCUCUUCCUCUGCACUUUCUUCCUCUGCUGUCACAAUACAACCACCUCCUAGAUUUACACGCAGGGUCAGAAUGCCCCAGCUUCAAACUAAGUACCAAAUUCUUCUGUAUUGCCUGUUUUUCCAUGCUUACACCUGGAUCCCUUCUGCACUCCACUACCUGGAUAUUUACCUGGAUCUACAACUCUUUUGUUUGACUGGACUUAUGUGCUGCAUCUGGAAUGUCCCAUCUCUUCCUGUCUAUUUUUCCCUUUCCCCCCCAUUCCUUGUUGACUGUUCUAUGGGUGUUCCGUGGAUGUCAAUGCUGCCUACCACGCAGGAAGCAGUUUGCAAUGAGAUCAUAAACAUUGCAGAAAAGUCUGUUCAUUACUGCAGUGCUAUUUCUCAACCUCUUGACUCUUGCCACACGAUGGCCUCUAAUGACAAUAAACCAUCUCUAAUCAUUUCUCAGCAACCUCAAGCACAUCAACAAGGAGCCAGCCCUGACAGGAGUCAAACACCAGGAGACAUACUUAGCUACCAAGCCCUGUACAGCUAUAUUCCCCAGAACAACGAUGAGCUGGAGCUAAGAGACGGAGAUAUUGUAGAUGUCAUGGAGAAAUGCGAUGAUGGCUGGUUUGUGGGUACGUCUCGGAGAACAAGACAGUUUGGCACUUUCCCAGGCAACUAUGUGAAACUGCUGUACCUCUAAAACAAUCAUGCACCUGCUGAUUAGUAUUGUUUAACGGACAACAUUUAAGUAGCAAAGACCUUUGAAAUCAGAGAAUUUAUUAAUGUAAUAAAUGAGAGAUGAGAAGUGGAAUGGGGAUGUGGUUAUGUGAUACAGUUCUGGGUUGAAUGUGCAGGCCUGGAUCUGGGUGAUGCUGGGUUUACUGUUCUUGUUUGCUGAAGGAAAGAGACAAAGUUUCUAGUUUACAAUGCUGCCUUUGUAGCUCUGAGUUCUGAGCUCAGAGCUUAGUUUUCAUGCUUUUUCAUUGAGUACUUACCUCUGAGACAGAGUUGGGGGAAGCAGCAGAAUAGAGUGUGUGAUAGGUUUUGCUUGUGUGAGAGAAAAAGCAAUGGGAACUGUAAUGCAUUGAGGCAACAUGCAGCUCUGCAGCUGCUCCCUCUCUAUAACUGAGGGAGGCCUUCUCUGAGAUUACCCCCAUCUUCAAGGUAAUGUUCACUCUGCCUCCCACUUUCAUUCUUAAUUAUUUCUUUGUGAUGUGCACCUUAGCGUACAUGGCCGGCAGAGAACGGUUUAUGUGAUUAGACUAGGUAGCACUCUAUCAUAUGGGCAGGGGCUUUGAACUGACAGUUUAAUCCAGAGCAAUCAGCCAAAAAAAACCCCUCAACUUUGGUAAUAUUCUGCUUCAUAAUAUCCACCCCUGCAGGUUUUUGUGUGUGUGUGUGUGUGUGUGUAUGGGUGAGCAUAUUGUGUGCAUAGCAAUGAACAGGGUCACAAUUUCCACGAGGAAUCAACCCAAAUUUUACAAAAAUGGAACAAAAAUAAAGGAAAAUUUAGGGGGCACAGAUCCUGUUUGCAAAUCCCAUGGCUGUUUACCCCCUAAAUGUUGCGCUGAACGACAGGACACAUUUUGAAGUAUACUCUUUGCAAUAAAGACUUUAUUUUUUCCUGGUAUUCUAUCGUAGAGAUUCGGAUAGAUGCUAGCAAAAUAUUACUGAGCUUGCUUUUUUUUUGGUGGUGGUGGUGGUUCUUGAUUAGGCUGUCACCUAAUGAAACUAGCAAGGCAAACCAAUUUGUAAAGCUGUGUUUAUAUAACUAUUACCAGCUGCAUAUAUUUGUACUUUUUUGAAAAAACACGGCUUGCCUGUAAAUCAAAAAUAAAUGCUCUUUUUGAUAGAAAUUCUGUUCCAAAAAGAAAAAAGUAUAGAUAAAACCAGUUGCAUCAGACUGCUUCCUACAUUUCCAUUACAAAUAGCAAAAGUUAAGAUUGCUAUUUUGGCAUCAGCCAUAUUUAAUAAUAGAAAAUGCCUAUUUUUAUGCCGAUGCUUUUAUACAAACUGAUUAACAGUAACUGCAACUAACUAACUGUUAGCAUGACUUGCAAUACAUUUUGAUAAAUUAGCCAUACUCCUGGGUUUAAAAACACUUAUCUUUCGCUGAGAUCAACGGAAGAGAAGACUCAAAAGUGCUUUGGAAGUAUGAUUGUAAAUAUGUAUAUUUAACUUUGUACAGACAAUGUACUUACCUUGUAUAGAAAAAAUAAUUUAAACAAAUUGAAUGAAAAGAGGAAAAAAGGCAGUUAUGAAAGGGUUUUUUUUUCUCAUUUUUAUUUAAAUGAAGGAAUUCUAUGUAAGUUCACAUGAAGAGUUUUAGAACAAAAUAUCCACUCUAAACCUGAUACAAAUACAACACAAAGCACCAUUAUAUUUUUGUGCAGGAGUGGGGGUAACUUCAAUCCUUAUCUUAUUUAUGGUUUUUGAUUUUCUGCUUUUGAGUUGCAUUCUUGUUAUCUGCAGCAAUGUUUAGACCUAUUGUUAGGACUGGAUCACACCUAAUUAAUCUAGCCAACAAAGUAACAUGAUGAUAUUGACUGUAUAUAACCAACUCAUUUAAAGGUUUAUUUUUGUUGCUGUUGCCAUUUUUAGUUAUAAACACACAAAAACCGCAAUUUAUUUUUGUGUUGAUUUUGGUUCCUUAUUGCAGUGAAUGACGAUUUGACAAUAAAUUGAAGGGCUGAAUUA